AUGAACACCGAGAAUUCUCAAAUUCCUACCCGUAAUGGUACUGCUGUGGGUCCAACCCUUAUUUCGCAUGUACCAUUUCACCCAGAUGACUAUACUCACCCCUGUCACCCUUUGUAUGUGCACCCAUCUGAUUUGCUGGCUUCAUCUUUAGUUUCUGAAUUGUUUGAUGGAACUUGCUAUGGUAGUUGGCGUAGGUCAAUUUUGAUUGCCUUAUCUCGUUGCAAUGACCUAGUUGUUGCUUGGCUGGCCAACUCUGUCACUAAGGAAAUACAUAGAUCUGUUGUAUACUCUGAGUUUGCUAAGGAUAUUUGGAGGGAAUUAGAAGCUAGGUAUGGUAAGGUUGAUGGUGCUAGGGUAUUUGAGUUGAAAAAAGCCUUGGCUCACAUUUCCCAAGGUUCUCUUGACAUUGCUUCUUAUUUUACCAAGACAAAACAAUUGUGGGAUGAGUUAGCUUCAAUCUCUGUUCUUUCUGAGAAUAGGUGUAAUUGUAUUGGGGGUGCUAAAUCUGAGGAGGAACAAAAGGUCUAUCAAUUUCUCAUGGGUUUAAAUGAGGUUUAUGUCCAAGUGAGGAGUAACAUUCUUAUGAUUAAGCCUCUCCCUUCCAUGGACACUACUUAUAGCAUCCUUCUCAGUGAUGAAAAACAAAGACAAGUGUCUGCUAGUACUGUUUUUCCCUCUGAAUCAGCCUCCUUCCAUGCCUCUUUCAACACUGGUGGAUCUAAGUUUGCUCCCAAAGUACAAUUUGAUCCUCAGAAGGCAUCUCUAUAUUGCAAAUACUGCAAGAGGACAGGGUAUGUUAUUGAGAAAUGUCACAGGCUUCAUGGUUACCCUUCAAACUUUAAAUUCACUAGGGGUUCUGGUUCUAAUUCUGGUCCUAGAAAGGUUGCUGCCAAAGCUGCUUCUGUUCGGUUGUGA